UCGCGAGAUUUCCCGCGAAGCAGCGCACAGCGGCACUUGCGUGGUGUAGGCUAGCGUGCUUAGCUACAUCUAAGUUUUUGCCAACUUCCAUGUUAAAUCUUUCAAACUUUUUUCGGUAACGUCGGCAGUGCACAGGAACUCCAGUCACCAUGAGUAUACUCGCCAAAAUAGCAGAGAUUGAGAACGAGAUGGCCAGGACGCAGAGGAACAAGGCCACAGCUCACCACUUGGGUCUGCUCAAAGCACGUCUUGCCAAACUGAGGAGGGAACUCAUCACACCAAAGGGAGGUAGUGGUGGUGCAACAGGAGAAGGUUUUGAUGUUGCAAAAACUGGCGAUGCUCGUAUUGGCUUUGUUGGUUUUCCCUCGGUGGGAAAGUCUACACUGCUAAGUAACCUUGCAGGCGUGUACUCUGAGGUUGCCGCCUAUGAGUUCACCACCCUUACGACGGUACCAGGAGUCAUUCGCUACAAAGGUGCCAAAAUUCAGCUCCUGGAUCUCCCAGGAAUCAUUGAGGGGGCCAAGGAUGGCAAGGGCAGAGGCAGACAGGUCAUUGCAGUGGCUCGAACUUGCAACUUAAUCCUGAUAGUGCUCGAUGUGUUGAAGCCUCUUGGCCAUAAGAAGCUGAUAGAACACGAGCUGGAAGGGUUUGGCAUCCGACUUAACAAGCAACCACCCAACAUCGGCUUUAAGAAGAAGGACAAAGGAGGCAUCAACUUCACAGCUACAUGUGCGCAAACUGAGCUGGAUGCUGAAACUGUUAAGAGUAUCCUGGCAGAGUACAAGAUCCACAAUGCCGACAUCACUCUGCGCAGCGACUCCACAGCUGAUGACCUCAUUGACGUGGUGGAGGGAAAUCGGGUCUACAUCCCAUGCAUUUAUGUGCUCAACAAAAUCGAUCAGAUCUCCAUCGAGGAGCUCGACAUCAUCUACAAGGUGCCCCACUGUGUACCCAUCUCGGCCCACCACCGCUGGAACUUCGAUGACCUGCUGGAGAGGAUGUGGGACUACCUAAAGCUUGUGCGCAUCUACACUAAACCUAAAGGCCAGCUUCCUGAUUACACAUCUCCCGUUGUACUCCAUGACGAAAGGACUUCAGUUGAGGAUUUCUGCUUAAAGAUUCACAAAAACCUCGUCAAAGAAUUGAAAUAUGCACUCGUGUGGGGGUCAUCUGUGAAACACAACCCUCAAAAGGUGGGCAAAGACCACGUAAUGGAGGAUGAAGACGUUAUCCAGCUGGUGAAAAAGUAAAAGGAGUGUUCACUGCAUGGCCUGUAUAUCACAAAGUGUUCUGUACAGUUGCUCAGUAAAUCACCAAACAUAUCCAUUAGAGCAUCUGUGUCAUGUGGUCCCUGAGUUUUUCGCUCUAAGUUAAAAACCAAAUGACAUGAAUGUAAGUGUCACAUUUAGAAGAACCUACAGUACUUAACACCAUGAAUAGUUCAUAUUGAAUACUGGUUAAGGCUUGCAAUAAAAUCUAAGAAAUCUGUACAAUAAAAACAUCAUUAAGGAA